AUGGCUUCACCUGUCCAUCUACGUCUUGCGUCCCUUGAACGCGAUGACCCAUGGAUUGUUGAGCAGGAAUAUUUCACGAUCCUGAAUGACUGCUUGCAGCCAACGAGCCAGAUUUCAGCCGCUGAAGCUGCUGCUAGAAUUAAUGAGCUUACUCCGAUGAAGCGUGAGGCAAAGGGCAAAGAAGCAGAACAUCCAGAAAACUGGUGCCUCGAAUUUCGGGGAACGAUCAGCGAGACUGUGAAGCAAAUUCCUCAUGCCCAUCCAUCACAAGAUAAAAUGGUUGGGAUCAUAAAAGAGCUCAAAGCCUUGCCGGGAGUGAAAGUUACGUUUUACGAAACGGCAAAACCGCGAAUUUGGACAGAUCUUCCCUGUUUAAUGGAAGUAUGGAGCGAGGCAUAUAUCAUCCCCAGCCCCAAGGACGACGCUGCUGAGGCUGAGAAAUGGGUAAAUUGGCACGCAUUUUCAGCCCGUGUCCUUCAAGCUGGCUUAGCAGAUUGGUUUCAUUUGACGACCUGGUGCUUCCGUGACGCGCUCGAAGAGGAAAAUCUUCAAACAAAGGAAUUCAAUGAGUGUCAAAUCCGGGCUGCCGUGCAGUGGAUCGAGUAUUAG